AUGGCUAAUACCAACGUCGCACUGCAGAUAACUAAGCAACUCUUGGAAACAAAAUUCCAUGGCAAGAACAUGAUCUACUCCCCGAUAUCCAUCCACAUGGUCCUCAGCUUGCUAGCCGCCAAGGACAACUGUCCCAAGCUUGUUUCAUUCCUCAAGUCCAAGUCCAUCGCCGACCUCAACUCCCUCGCCGGCAGGCUCGUCACUUCGACUUUGGUCGAUGCACCCACCAAAGGAGGGCCACGUUUGAACUUCACAAACGGCUUGUGGGUCGACAAGUCUGUUUCCCUCGAGGAGUCUUACAAGAAGGUGGUGUUGGAUAUCUACAAGGCGGCUCUGAACCAUGUCGAUUUCAAAGCCAAUCCGGAACAAGUGAGAAUCCAAGUGAAUUCAUGGGUCGAGAAAGAGACCAAAGGCCUCAUCCCUCAGAUUCUUCAACCCGGCUCAGUCUGCACUGUUACUACUCACAUCUUUGCAAACGCCUUGUACUUCAAGGCAACUUGGGACGACACGUAUUUUUCAAAAUCAACUACAAAAAAGCAUGACUUUCACCUUCUGAAUGGAGACUCAAUCAAAAGAGUGCCUUUCAUGACCAGCAAAUGUUACCAUUAUAUCGGUGCCUUUGAUGGCUUCAAAAUCUUGAGACUUGGCUUCAGGACACAUGACCACGAUGACUUAUUAAAAAGCACCUAUAAAUACGAACCCCGGAAGUUCUCUAUGUAUUGGUUGCUUCCGGAUGCAAGAGAUGGGCUGCCGGCUCUGGCCGAAAAAGUUUGUUCCGAACCUGAGUUUCUGGAUCGCCAUGGACCUAGCUAUGUUAGGGUGGGGGAAUUCUUGAUCCCUAAGUUUAAAAUGACUUCCAGAUUCGGAGCUUCGGGUGUUCUGAAGAAAAUGGGGCUGGGGGGUGUUUGUGAUUCAAUGGAGAUUGUUCAUGAGUCUGUAAUAGAGGUUGAUGAAAAUGGCACAACAGCUGCAGCUGCAACUUGUGGUGUAUUGAUGUGUAGCUCCGGAAAAGAAUAUACGCCUGAGAAAAUAUUAGACUUUGUGGCCGAUCAUCCGUUCAUGUUUCUGAUCAGGGAAGAUACGACGCGAACAUUGCUGUUCAUGGGGCAGGUGCUCAAUCCUCUUGCUGGCUGA